AGCGAUCUGGGCUAUCCUUGUAAGUUAUGAUAUCUCUUAUCCAUAGCUCCCGAGUCCCCGAGAUCCCGAGCCGAGGCCACACUUGCGCUUAACCAUCGCUUCACAUGCGCUGUUUUCACCGGUUUCGUGGGUUAUUUUGACAUACAGUAUGUUGACUACAAGAUUGAUCGCAAUCUUGAUUGGCUACUCUUCUGUGACACCUCUUCAAUAUCUUCUUGUGAGUCUUCACGUCCGAGUUGUCACUCGGCGGAUUUGCAGGUCAAUUGUGCCUUCCGUGGAGAAGUCCUGGUCCUGUGGCAUGGACGUUGUGACAUUUGGAACACGCCGCGUUGUGUUAUCUUAGAAAGCCCAGUCCCGCCGUAUGUUCUCGGAAGCCCCGCUGGACAUUGAUGGUCCGGAGAAAAGUCCUGGCCGUGAGAUGUGCUUAGAUUCGAGCGAUCUAGGGCGCUGCGAUUCUCGC